GUUGAGCUAGUGGUUGCCCCAGUUCACAGUGAAGAGUCUAUCGCUUACCUUGAGAGCAAAAUUUCAGAUCACCGACAAAGGUAUCAAGAGGUGUUUCCUAACAAAAAAUUGCUGCCCAAACACCACUACAUAGAACAUUACCCACAACUGAUACAGCUUUUGGGGCCUCUCGUGGGACUUUGGACCAUCAGGUUUGAGGCAAAGCACAGUUUCUUUAAAAAAGUUGUGAAACACACCAGUUGCUUCAAAAAUGUGCCUCUGUCUCUGGCUGUGAAACAUCAGAUUAUGAUUGGUUAUCACUUGUCAUCUCCAAAUAUUGAUAAACCAGUGCUGGAUGUAUCAGAUGUAUCCACUGUCCCACUAGAUGUUUUGAAGGAAGAGCUAGCUCAAGCUUUUAAACAGAGAGAUCCUGAUGUAUCUGAAAUAAACCUAGCAAAAAACGUUUGGAGCAAGGGAAUAAACUACAGACCAGGUAUGAUGGUGGCAUAUGGUUCUGAGGGUGGUUUGCCUGAAUUUGGGGAAAUCCAUCAAAUAUGCAUUUUGCAGCAGAGACUAUUUUUUGUGUUGAAACUACUGUGUGGAUGGUAUUGUGAGCAUUAUGGAGCCUAUCAGCUGACUCCAUCUCCUGCACGAGAACUUGCUCUUGUGGAAAUCUCCGAACUGGUUGAUGAGUAUCCACUGGCUGCCUAUGUAGUUGGGGGUGUGCGGAUGGUGACAUUGAAGAGAUCAAUCUGUGUGUUCUGACAGUGAAGUGAGACCAUGACAACUCAGGCUAUUCUCAGAGUUAUCCUUGGACCAGACAGUAGUCAGAGGGUCAUGUUUUCUGCUGGUCUGCCUUCAACUGUGGCUGAACUAGAGACUAACAUAAAGACUCAGUGUAAAAUUAUCGAACCCUUCCAACUGCAGUUCAUGGACACGCUUUUUGGCAACGAGUUUAUGAACUUAACUUCAAUUGAAGAAAUACAAGACAAAGCGACGCUCAAAGUUGUAUACACAUCCUGCCAACCUGAAGACCAAGGUGAACACAGUUUCUCCUUUUCAUCAACCAGUGCUCCUGGUGACACCUCAUCCUGUUCAGGUGACAGCACCGUGAUUCUUUCAUCUCCAGAGUCUACGUCAUCACGGGCUUCAUGGCCAGAUUUGUUCUGUGUUCCCCGUUUCACAUACGAUGCGGAAAUUAAGCUUCAGAAGGCCCAUGUAACUUACAAAGAAAAUGGGGUGCGGCUGAUCCCUGAUCCAAGGCUGAAGUCCGACAUAUUAGAGGGGUUGAUCCAGGAGGUAGUCAAGUACACAGUCUAUCUCACAGACAGUAAGUUUGACGAAGUCGCAGAGGCACUCAUCCUGAAGCAUCCAUGUUUAAAAGAAAAAGGCUCACCCACUGGCUAUGACGGAUGGAAGAUGAGCCUCAAAUACAAGUUGUCAAACUAUCGCACUCAUCUCCGGAAAGUAGGAUGUCCUGAAGUAUGUGUGAAUUCUUUGAAAUAUAAACCAGCUGAGAAACGUUCUCCUGCUUUUGAUGUUAAGAAACCAAAGAGGGGUGAAGUUGAAUACUGCCCCUCUUUUCCACCUGGAGAAUGUGCCCAGUCCCUGGAGAAGAUGAGGGUUGAACUCCUUUCAGAUGUCAAGAAGCGCAACAACAGAGACGCAAUUAGGGCUAAAAUGGACAGAACAUUUGCAUUAAGAAGACAAGAAGUCAUUUGUGAUGCUCCCAUGAUCAGCAAUAUUAAUGCGGAGUUUAAGCGCAUCACAACCAUGCCUCUACAAUCAAGGUUUCUGUUGCAGCUUGACCUUCUCUCUGAAAGUCUGCUGAGAGUGUUUGCAAAGCGAUUGGGGGAGCAGGGCAAAAAGCUGAAAGACAUAGUUGCCAUGAUGACAGAUGACAUUGAUGCCAGAAGGAGUCCUCAUUAA